AUGGAGAAAAAAAAUGAAACACAACAACCUGGUACUCAAUCGGGUUUCAUCUCAUCAAACCAACCCUCGGAAGAUUUGGUUCGAUUUAAUUAUCAUUUAGAUAAUGAAGGUUUAAUCAAUCGUCAAAUCAAUUUGGAAUUACAUGCUAGUUAUGUUUACAUGGCUAUGGCACAUUAUUUUAAUCGUCCUAAUGUUGCUUUAAAGGGACAUUAUGAUUUUUUUCAAAAAAUGUCAAAAGAGGAACAAGAACAUGCCAAUAAAUUUAUGGAAUAUCAAAAUAAACGUGGUGGUACUAUCGUACUUUUGGAUCUAAAGAAACCGCAACAACAAAGUUGGCGUUCUCCUCUCGAAGCUCAUGAAAUGGCGUUACAAUUGGAAAAGGAUGUUUAUCAAGCAUUACUUGAAAUUCAUACUUCUGCUACCGAGCAUCAUGAUCCACAUCUUACAAAUUUUCUUGAAGAUGAAUUUCUUAAUGAACAGGUUAAAUCACUCGAUGAAUUCGCUCGUUACAUUACCAACUUGCGUCGUGCUGGCCCUGGUCUUGGCGAAUAUAUUUUUGACAAAGAAGAACUUCAAGAAUAA